ACCCGUGUGACCUGUCAAACUGACAGAUAAUCUGUCAUCAUAUAACCUCAAAUUUUAGGAAAUUUUGCCUAAAAUCGAUAAAAUAAUGAAUUGAGAUGCUAUAUAUUCGUAACAGAAAUACAUUUAGGGUUUGCAUUUAGCCUGUUAAUUUGUUAAGUGUGUGCAAGAUGUUGAGGGCGGUGUCAAGAUGUUACCUAGAAGGGCCGGGCUUGGACCUGUUAGUUUUCCGCAGGGACGCCCUCAAGGGAUUCCGCUCUGGUUUACAUUCCACAGCAGUUCAUGCCAAGCAAUCUCGGAAACCUAAGGCCAAGAAAUACAGAACGACAGUACUAGUAUCAGAGCCUAGCGGAGGCGGAGGGUCGUGCCCCGCGCCCCCCGCGCCCGCGCCGCCCCCGCCGCGCCGCGGCCGCGCCAUCGCUGCUGCUGUUGCAGUCGGCACCUCAUUGGCUGGGAUAUACUUUUUCAAAAAACUCAGUGAAGAGAAAGAUGACAAGAAACACAAAGUAAAAGACUCGCCAAGUGCACCCGCCCUGCCGCCGCCCUACCCCGCCCUGGCAUCAGACUUCCCCGCCCACGUGCAGUACCUGGUGGUGGGCGGCGGCACCGCGGCCUUCGCGGCGCUGCGGGCCAUACGCUCGCACCGGCCUAAUGCACAGGUGCUGCUGGUAUCAGAAGAGCGUGCACUCCCGUACAUGCGGCCGCCGCUGAGCAAGGAGCUGUGGCAGGAGGAGGACCUGAGUGAAGCAGCGAAGCACCCAGACAAACUGAGCUUCAAGCAGUGGAACGGACGGCGGAGGAGCAUAACAUACGAGCCGGAAGCGUUCUACACUCCCGUCGAGAAGCUCGCCGCGACCGCCCCUAGCUCACCAGGCUCUAGCUCGCCUGGCUCUAGCUCACCCGGCUCUACCCCGGGCUCUACAGACACCGAGGCGCGCGGCGGCGUGGGCGUGGCGCGCGGCUGGAGCGUCAAGAAACUGGACGUGGCGGCUCAUCAGGCGGUGUUGGCGGCGGGCGCGCAGGGACGCACGAUUAGUUAUGACAAGUGUCUUAUUGCUACUGGAGUGGUCCCACGCCGCAUACCCGCCCUCACCCCAGCCGCCGCGGCCGGUCUGUCCCAGCCCGUGCGCACCGUGGCCGACGUGGCCCGCGGCGCCCGCGCGCUGGCCCGCCCCGGCGUGGCCCGCGUUGCCGUCGUGGGAGGGGGGCUGCUGGGGACCGAGCUGACCGCUGCGCUGUGUCAGAGAUUGUCAGGCACCAACACCCAGGUGGUGCAGAUAUUCCGCGAGGGCGCGGCGCUGAGCCGCGUGCUGCCCGCGCACCUCGCUGAUGACGUCACCCGCCGGCUGCGCGGGAAUCACGCUAAUGUGCUGGCUGACACUGAAGUAUUGAGCUCUGCCGUGGUGGACGGCCGGGUGAGGCUGCAUUUAUCUACUGGGGAAUCACUGGAUGUCGACUAUGUGUUCGAGUGCGCGGGCUCGACGCCCGACACGCGCGUGGCGGCGGCGUCGCGCCUCGAGCUCGACCCGGCGCUGGGCGGCGUGCUGGUCAACGCGGAGCUCAGCGCCAGGACUGAUGUGUAUGCCGCUGGGGACGUGGCUUGUUUCUAUGAUGAGAUGCUGGGUCGUCGUCGCGUGGAGCACCACGACCACGCAGUAGUCUCGGGUCGUCUCGCCGGCGAGAACAUGGCGGCGGCCGGGCCCGCCAAGCACUACACCCACCAGAGCAUGUUUUGGAGCGACCUGGGGCCCGAGUUGGGGUAUGAGGCUAUAGGCAUCAUCGAUUCGAGUCUGCAGACAGUGAGCGUGUUCGCCGAAGACGCCAUCACAACAGUGGCCGAAAACACUGCCGAAACCGCAGUGGCCGUAAACACAGCCGAAACUGCAGUGGCCGAAACAAAGACCGCAGUGGCCGAAAAGCCGAAGACGGAAGAGAAGAAGUACAAUAGAGGAGUCGUGUUCUAUCUGAGAGAUAACCGGAUCGUCGGGGUGUUGCUGUACAAUUUGUUCAACAGGCUGCAUGUGGCCAGACAGGUAUUGUCAGUGGGCGAGUUCGAUGACCUCCUGGAGGUGGGCAAGCUGUUCAUGUUGAAGGUAGAAGAACCAGAAGAAGAAUCCUAACAUGUCCGGAGGAUAGACAGUUAUUGUUGUGACAGUCGAUAGAUAGGCCGAGUGUUGCCACCGAAGAUAAAUAAGUUAUUAAUGUAAAUAAGUUACAAAUAAACGCACAUAAUGUAUUAA